AUGCAGGCCAAGGAUUCUUUACUUGAAGAAUUGAAAGAAAAGCUCCGCGGGAUUGAAUCAGAGCGCGACUUUUUGAAAGGCAUGCUGAAUGCAUGCAGUAUCCUGGAAAAGUACGAGAAACGUUUCAAGGACAAGAAUCUCUCGCGGACUCAAAACUGGAAGAUGCAUUUGGACCGCAACCCAGCAUUAAAGGCACGACUGCAAGAAUGUAACAAAAACAUCGCCUGGCACGACAAGAUUGUCGAUAUUUACAAGCACCUAUCUGAAAUCGUACACCAGGACACAAGCAGGCUUGGAGGCAGUCGAUUCCUGGUGAUGAUCCGAAAGAAUCUUCCGGAAAUUGACGUGUGUUUUAUCCAGGCGAUUGCUGAGCAAAUCUAUGGUGAACACGUCAGAGUCAACGCGAAAGCAGAUGAAGAGGAUUAA